AGAGAAGAUCUGUGGGAUUCUCUCUGCUCAGUCAGAGGAGGAGCAGGAGGGAAUUGUGAGCGGCUCUUUAGAGCCUGGGAUUGUGUAAAGACAUUUCAGUGGCUUCUUUGAGACUGAUCAUGGCUGGGGUUAUCUGGUGUCUGGCUUUGGUUUGGCUGGGCCUGCAUCUGACCAUGGGGGCCAUGGAUUCAUGCUAUGAUGCCCAUGGACGGGCACAGCGCUGUAUGCCCAUCUUUGAGAAUGCCGCAUUUGGGAGGCUUGCGCAGGUGUCCAACACAUGUGGCUCCCCACCAGAGGAUUACUGUCUCCAGAUGGGAACACGAGACUCCACCACACUCUGCCACCGCUGUGAUGCCGGCAGCGAUGUGCUCCACCACAACGCCACCUACCUGACAGACUUCCAUAGCCAGGAAGAGCCCACGUGGUGGCAGAGCCAGUCCAUGGCCUUUGAGGUUCAGCACCCCAACUCAGUCAAUAUCACCCUUCACCUGGGAAAAUCUUAUGAAAUCACCUAUGUGAGGUUGAAAUUUCACACCAGUCGCCCAGAGAGCUUUGCCAUCUAUAAGCGGAGCCAUUCUAACAGCCCCUGGAUCCCUUACCAGUAUUACAGCGCCUCGUGUGAGAAGACAUACAGGAAGCCAGAAGGACAGUUCUUGCGUCCUGGCCAAGAUGAGCGGGUGGCGCUCUGUACAGACGAGUUCAGCGACAUUUCCCCACUGAGUGGGGGAAAUGUGGCUUUCUCCACCCUUGAAGGCCGGCCUAGUGCCUACAGCUUUGACCAGAGUCCCAUUCUCCAGGAGUGGGUGACCGGGACGGAUUUGAAGAUUUCUUUGGACCGGCUAAAUACCUUUGGGGAUGACAUCUUCAAGGAUCCCAAGGUGCUGCAGUCUUACUACUAUGCCAUCUCAGACUUCUCCGUAGGGGGCAGGUGCAAGUGUAAUGGCCAUGCUAGUGAAUGCAUCCCAAAUGAAGAGGAUCAGUUGGUUUGCCUCUGCCAGCACAACACCACUGGGGUAGACUGCGAGUUGUGCCAGCCGUUUUAUCAGGACCGCCCGUGGGCACGGGGCACCGCUGAGGCUGCCAACGAGUGUCUCCCAUGCAACUGUAGCGGCCGAUCAGAUGAGUGCUUUUAUGACUGGGAGUUAUACCGACGCACUGGGCACGGUGGCCACUGCCGAAAUUGCCAGGACAACACGGACGGCCCGCACUGUGAGCGCUGCCGCCAGAAUUUCUACCGCUGGGAUACCCAGGCGGCAUGCCAGCCCUGCAACUGCAACCCAGCAGGUUCCUUGAAUCCCCAGUGUGACAGCUCAGGGGCCUGUGAAUGCAAAGCAACGGUGGCAGGCUGGAAGUGUGAGCGUUGCCGAGAUGGAUUCCAUUCCCUCAGUGAAGGCGGGUGCAGACCUUGCGCUUGUGAUGCAGCUGGCAGUGUAGGAACAUGUGACCCUAACACAGGACACUGCAGGUGCAAAGAGAAGGUAGAAGGGUACCUGUGCAACAGGUGCCAACCUGGUAGCUUCAAUCUACAGCUCCACAACCCUACUGGCUGCACCAGCUGCUUCUGCUAUGGCCAUUCAACAGCGUGCACAGUGGCCCAGGGGUAUGAGGUUCACAAUAUCAUCUCCGACUUCAGCCAAGGACUCGAUGGCUGGAAAGCAGUAAAUCCAAGUGGGCAGGAGGUCCCCCUCCGCUGGACUAGAGGAGAGAUUUUCCUGGAGCAAGAGGAGGAGGAGGCUGAUUUUAUAGCGCCAGAGAGGUUCCUGGGUGACCAGCGGCUUAGUUACGGGCAGACCCUCUCCGUGUUCUUCCGCAUAGCAAGCACCACACCUGACUUCCAUUCUUUCCCCAUUGGGCUGGUUUUGGAGGGGGAUGGCAUCUCAGUGUCAGCCAGUUAUGCCGAUACAGAAGACAGCAGAAAUGGCACACACUGUGAAGAGCACAUGAUAGCGUUCAGGCUUCACGAGGCUGAGGAAGAAAUGCAACCAGCUCUGUCAGCUUUCCAGUUCCAGCGCCUGCUCUCCAACCUGACAGCGCUUCGGAUCCAGGCCAAAAGCAGUUAUGGACCAGGUAGGAUUCUCCUGAAGGAAGUCCAGCUUACGUCAGCUCACCCAGGCCUCUCUCAGCCUGCCCUGUGGGUCGAAGAAUGUAUAUGCCCGCAAGGAUACGUUGGCCAGUUCUGUGAGUCCUGCGCUCCUGGCUUCAAGAGGGAGGUGCCAUUCGGUGGCCCCUUGGUCAGUUGUGUUCCCUGCUCUUGCAACCAACAUGGCAGCUGUGAUCCUGACACAGGUCAGUCCUCUCUCUCUCUUUCUGUCUCUGCCAUCCUGUUUGGUAUAGUGGUUAGAGUGUCAGAUGGACCUUUGCAGGAAAUUGUGAACUGA